GGUGGAAACAUAAAUAUCAAAGUGGUUUUGUAACAUAUUCCAUUGGAGCACGUUAUGAAAAAGGCGACUUUUUAAUAAAAAAUAUAACGAUUGAAUCAAAAAUCGUAACGCAUCGUUGGCCUCAAAUUCAUCGACUUCAAUAUAAAAUACAAAAUCAUAAUGAUUUGAUAAGUUUCGCUCAAAUUGAUAUUAUAGACAGUGAUGAUCCCCAUGAAGUACACAUCAACACCCACUCUGAUUGUUAUGAUCUUUCAAUCGAAAGCCCAAAAAGAAUUCGAGGAUUCUUGACAAUCUACCACAAAGCUCGAGAGAAUUACCACCACUUAGCACGACGUUUUCCACCAUAUUUACCAAGCUUUUUCCAUUCAAAUCACCACGAACAGAAAAUAUAA